AAUGGUUCAACGCUCAAUGUUUAAUAGUUCAUGCUUUACGUGUGGAUUAAUUUAAUAUUUGUUUCUCUUUCUUCUGAUGUUUUUUUCCAAUUGCUAUAUUGCUAAUUCAUAAAUAAUGUAAAAACUUUAGAAUGUAGUGGCCGUGUAAUUCAUUUAUUUAUUUUUUCUUGUUUCAGGAUUUCUCUGAGUAAGAAUAAAAAAUUGAAAGAUGUCAACAAACAACCUAUUGACAGCUGAACAGCUGGUAAACCUUAAAUCCAAAACCGACAGAGAUCUCCCUCUUAUUGGUGAGAAAGAGUUCUCUCCAACCAACUCUUGGCUGGAGAAAAAGCAGAUUGAGAAUGCUUUACUUGAAAGAAAAGCUCUCAUGGAAGAGCAGCGGGUUGAAAAAAGCAAUAACCUAUCUUGUGCUGUAUGGAUGCCGGAAGUUGCGAAAGCAAAAGUAUUAAAAAGAGUGGGAAAGCAUUGGGAAACGUUGGGUCAUAGCUUGGAUGGAAGCACUUGGAUUUAUCCCGAGGAAGCGCUUCACUUGUUGGAAACACUUGGAACUGAUCCUGUACGAAGUGCCGCUUAGUAUUGAAAGAGCAUACUCCACCCUCAUUAACGACAAAACUGGUUGCAAUUUUGACGAAUACAGAGUCUACUCACAUCUGCUUCGCAAUGGCUACCGGCUCUUUAGACACUCGUCCUCAGUCUCGGUGACACGCUACGAGAAAAACAUGCAGCUACAACAGCACUCACUCACCGAUAAAAGUCUCUACACCGCUGACUGUGAUAACAAUAAAUCAAUAGUUGAGAAAGAGGCGGCAUCGGUUGUAAAUAAGGAACCCGUUUCCUCGUCCAACGUGUCCAUGGAUAGUGUUGUUGAAUAUGAAAGUUUAUCAGGAACUGUUGAAAACAGCAAUAUAGCUUGUAAAAAGUUGGUGAGCUCAGUCUCAGAUAAUCAGCCAGCCGAUAAAUCAUCGUCCGAAACUGGCAAUGUUGUCGAUCUAGAAUUGGAUGAGCCAGAGCUAUCAGUUGUAGAAACUGAGCCGACUCCUCAGGUUGCAGGCAACGAUUAUGACAAAAAUGAGGUAAUAGAAUUGAGUAGUAGUGAAGAUGAAGAAUCGAAUAGUAGUGAAAAUGAAAGUAAUAAUAAACAUAAAGCAAGUGGUAAUGAUAAAGGAGAAGAAGAAGAAGAUAGCGACAACGAUAGUGUUGUAGAAGUUCCUAUUAAAGGUAGAGAAAUCAUAUAUGCAGAGAUAUCUUCUGAUGAAGAAUGUGUUAACGAAACGGAAGAUAGAAAUCGAAUCAGUGAAAAAGUUAUUGAAGAAAUUGUGAAUGAAGAGGAGGAACAAAAUGAGGACGAGAAUGAUGAAGAUGAAAGUGAAAGCAACGAUGAAGAUAACAGUGAUUCUAAUGAUAGUGAUGGAGCCAAUUGGAAACGGAGAUCUCAACAGCCCAGUUCGGCAAAGGGAUCAUCUCAAGUGGAUGCCUCUCCUAGGGGUUCAUCUCGAGUAAAUAUCUCCCUUGCUGGAUCAUCUCUUGAGAAUGCCUCUCCUGCGAAUUCAUCUCUAGUAAAUUCCUCUCUUUCGGAAUCAUCUCAAGUGAACACCUCUCUUGCGGUUCCGUCUCAAGUGAACGCAUCUGUUGCUAGUCAAUCUAGCAGCAUUUCAACCGUACCACAACAAAAUCCCAUCCCCGUUCGUACUUCUUUCGUAACAGUCAAUGAGUUCUUAUUCCCGAGACCUGAUAGACCCAAAUACAGAGUUGUCAUUGACACAGGAAACAAUGCAUUGAACGAAGAAAUGAAUCGAUUCUAUGAAGAAAUCGAAGUGAUUGACCUUGACAGUGACAAGGAAGACGAAUCUGCCCCUGUAGUUGAGGUGCGGUCUCGUAACUAUAUAAUGGACAAGUUUUUUGUGUUGAGAGGAAAUUCUAUAAAAUUUAUAGAGCCUAAAAAGUAUUUGCCAGUUGGUGCCAAACCGAGCAGGAGUAAUUACAGUAUCCAUUACACAUUGAAUAAUAGGCCUGUCAUAAUAAGUGAAAAUAUUCAUCAACCAAAUAGGCAGAAUAGUAUGUCCCAAAUUAAUAUACAUCGCGAGAGUAGGAUGAGGUUGGCUGAAAAUGUGAUUGUCCGAAAAUCAAAUCCAUCUCAUCAACAGUUACUGAACAUGAACACACCUUCCAAUCGAUUUCAACCAAUGAAUGCCCCUUACAAUCCAAUGAAUACUCAUCAGCAAAUGAAUGCUCACAUGACCCCAAUGGGAGCACCACCAGCUCCAUUCAUCAACCAUCCUGUUAUGGACGAAUUCAAUAAUUUUGCAAACAGCAUAAAUCAGAUGAUGACUUGUAUAGUGGAUGGAACAGUCAAGAAUCAGUUCGAGAAGCAGCUUCAAAAUGCUUUUCGAAGCCAGCCGAUCCAUUUUCAACGACAGAUACUAGAUGUCUUCAGGAAGCAUAACAUUGAAUUUCAACAGCAGGUAAACCAAGCCUUCAACAAUCAAGCCAUUCAAUUCCAAAAUCAGAUGCAACAGAACUUGAAUAACCAACCCACCAGUCUCCUCGGUGCCCCUCCAUUCCCACCGCUGAUGGCCAAUAAUGCCAACUUCCCAGUUCAUAACAAUUUUCCUGGCGUUCAUGUCAAAAAUGAAUACAAUUACCAACACAACAGUGGUUUUGGUGGCUCCUCAAUCCCACAGAACACCUUCCUACCGCUGAUGCACAAUAAUGCCAACUUUCCAGCUCAGAUCAAUUUUCCAAGCGUACACGUAAAAAAUGAAAGCUACAAUAACUCGUCAAAUGUCCCAAUCCCCAUCACUCCUCAGCAAAAUGCUAAUCAGAAUUUCACGCCUGCUGAAACAUCAAGCAAUUCUUGUCCUUUCAGUAACCCUCAAGAUCUAUUAAAAAACUUGAUGGGUAUUCGCGGGAAUAAAGGAAAAGUUAAUAAAAAAAGACGUCAGUUUAUGAAACGUUUGAAACAGUUCAUUUCCGUUGCAAAAGGAGAUUCAAAUUGUGUAGAUCUGAACCCUGUUACUGUUAAAAGUGAAAAUCUAAACAAUAAAGCUAAAAAUGAUAAAAUAACAAAACAACAAAUAAUUAAUUUGUUGGGAGAUGAUCUUUCAUCUCACAUAAUCUUCGACACAACGGGUGGAGAUCCGGCUGUUUUUGUGGAAGAUAUUCCCCUCGUCACAUCGCCACCCAAAGCAAAGACACCAAAUCGAGCAACCAGACGUAAGCGGAAACAAGUUUUGCUCAAUAAGCAAAAAAACAUGGUUUCCAAAAGAAUAAAACCUGAUCCAGAGUCUGCUGGCGAAGUUACAAUAAUUUCUGAUUCAGGUCAAGAAAGAAACGCGCCGUCGCUGAGGCAAAAGCGAGGUAGGUAUUUCGGGCUUAGAAACGGUAGUCUAAUGAGACAAAUGAGCACUUUCGGUGAUAACGACGUAGCCCAUGCUGACGUCACUCCAACGAUCAAGUCGGAGAUCGAUGCUGUUAUUGUAGACGAUGAUGCGGUGUGUAAGACUGAGCCUGUUGAAGAGGUUGACCGAAAGCCACAAAUUGAGAGCAUGGAAAUAGUGGAACCGGAAAGUGAGGUGGCCAUGAUUGAUGUGAAACAAGAGCUUGUAGAUGCAAACAUGGCGGAUCAGGUUGACGAUCAGACGAGGAGGGAUCCAAACUCUUGUGAUGAUAGUGAUGAUGCCGACAGUAACGCUGUGGAGGAAACUUGCGACGAAGUAUCAGCUGGUGAUUGUGUUGAGAGCGUGGAUUGUUGGGCGCAGUUGAAGGAGAAGUCGCCCGCACGCGUACUGUUUGAGGUCGACAGUUCGAGUGAAGAAAAUACUGGUGAAAUUGCGCCACUGCUCAAACCGUCAGAUUGCCAGUCUCUGGAAAGUGUAUUGAAAGCGUUGCAAGUUGUUGGAACAGCUUCUUUUGCAACUGACAGCAUUGAAAGACUGAAGAUUGCUUUUGAUGUUUACUUGCCCUCUACUUGUUUCAAGAAGUCGGCUCGUGGUCUACCCAACUACAGGCUAGUGAUUAGAAGGUGAGUGCAUAACCGGGUGUUUGAAAAUGAAUGACGGGG